AUGGAUAAAUAUUUUGAGUUUUCAAAAUCAAAGGAUGAAUCAAGAUUAUCGAUCGACUCAUAGGAACUGCUUCGAUAAGUCGAAAAUAAAAUACAUUAAUCUUAAUCCCAAAUCUUUAUUUCUCCUUAAAAAUAAUAAUAAAUAAAUUAUUCUGAUCACUUUGAUUAAAACGAGCAGAUAGAUUAUUUAUCAUUUAAAGAAUAAACUAUUAUAAAGAGACUGUUUAAUUUGAGAGAUGAUUGCAAAUAAUUCUAAAAGAACGUGUAAUCUUAUUAAGAAGAAUUAAUUUAAUCUAUUAGGGAAGUUAUGAAAAAAGUUGUAAACAAAGGAAAUCAAUAUUUAUAAGACUAAGAGCAUGAACUAAGAUUACAAUUAUAAGAAAUUUAAAAAAAUAAGGAGCUUCUUAAUUCAUAUUCUAACUGUCAAAUUAUAUAAUCACCUUUAAAAUAAAAACAAAAUUUUUUUUCAGAAAUCAAAUCCAAAAUAUCUGAAUUAAAAAAUCAAAUACUUGAAUUUUUUGAUAAUGAUAAUUCAAUUUAGUCGAGUGGAUAUUAGAAAAAAUUAAACUUUUCAAAUUAUAAAGAAUUGAGUUCUAAAAAAUAAUUAAGAGCAUCUUCGAGUCCUUUCAAAGAUAUUGAUCGAGUUUUAUAAUUGAAAACAUCAUCAAGUAAAUCUUAAUUUUAAAGUAAUAAUUAACCAUAAGACUUAAAUUAAUUCAUUGACGUGCUUAAACUUAAAAUAAAUAAUAAUAAAAAUAAUAAUUUAUUAUAGAGUAGACCAAAUUUUACAAGUAAUUAUUUAUAAAGUAAAUUAAAUACCAACUCAAAAAGAUUCUCUAUUGAGCAAUAACUCUAAUCUUAAUACAAAACAUUUUUUUAAUCUGUAUUUUGA